UUACAACCACAAACUAGAAGCGCAAGUGUACAAAAAAACAUGCGUUUUGUCUUUAAAUUGUUAAAAUGUAGGUGUUAAAGAAUAUAAAGGAGUAGUUUAUUCGUCCACUUUGUAACUUAGAGACCGCAGGAAAGAGAGCGAGUGUUUAAAUUGCUUUGAAUACAUUAUGCAGUCGAGUGAGCAAACGAACGAUGAAGCGAAUGGAUUCAACUCGAAAUGCCAACAUGUGUCGACAACUGUGACAAAUAAUGGCGAUUCCCAGUGGAAACAAGACGUGUUAAAUGUUAUACAGAACACAAAGAAUGCGAGAGAAGUUUCAUUAACCAAGGACGAAGCUACUUCAAUUUGUCGGCAAAAAGGCAUGGAAGAUCGUAAAAUCCAAGAAGUUAUGAGUAAGUUAAAAGGAGGUGGCGAUGUCUCACUUGAAUGCUUAGAAGACUUGCUGCGUGGUUUCCCUCAAACCAACACAGAUCAAGGUAGUGAAACAAAUUCCUGUACUUCAACGGAUGUUUUUAUCGACGAUGGAGCUACUAUAUCAAGUGUCUCUGAGAAAGCAAACGUUGUAUCUAACGCUGAACCAAACAUCGUAAAGUCAACUGUAGGAAAUAAUAUUAGCAGAGGAACAAAUUUUUUGGAACUCGCAAACACACUCCACUUUGCUGCCCUCGCAUCGCUGAAGAGUGAAAUCAACGAAUUACAAAAACAAGUUAAGAAAGUGACGUCAGAACGAGACUCGUAUCGGCGCACACUAAAGGAGUCUAGGGACGAGAAAGAUCGACUGAUUGUGAAAUAUGAGGAGCGGUUACAUGAGCAAGAACAGCAGGUGACGGAGUUACAAAGUGUUAUCGCGGAAUUGAGACGUAAACUUGAUCAAGCAUCAGUCAACUGCAUCGCUGAAGAAGAUGAAGAAGAAGAGGAAACACCAAGUUCUGAUGGCGCUGGAAAUUCAUCAAAUGCUUCUCAAGGCGGGAGUGAUCAGGAAGACACAGACACGGCUGAAGUGUUUGAACUGAACGAACAGCGAGCCACAGAUUCGGAUCAUGUGGACGAGGUUCACUUCAAUACUCUCUCGAAGACGAACCAGAAACUCCAAUCUCUUCGACACAGCGUUUCAAGUCCGGUGAAAGAAAAACCAGAUGACGCUAAACAGUUGGAACUGAGUCGUUCCAUAUUUCUUCAGCUUCAGAAAAAACUGACUGAACUCAAAGAUCAAUGUCAAGAAUUGGAAAAGAGAAAGCAUCAAAUUGAAAAACAGAUCCAACAAGCUAGCGUCGCUGAGUAUGUUAGUCGUAAAAGAUCAAGCGAAGGCGCUGAGUUACAACAGCAAGUAUUAAAUAUGACAAAAGAACGAGAGUUGAUCAACGCCCGAGUGUUAAAACUGGAGCAAGAACUUGAGAACAGCAAAUCAAUGGCGAAAUCAUUGCGAGAAGAACGAGAUAGUUGGAAGAGAAAGCACCAGGAAUGCAGUAAGCUCCACCGUUCUUUAACGAACGGCUCAAGAAAUGACGUCAGUGACAAUAGUGAGCCACCAUCACCUCGCCCCAGUCGCUCGUACAGUACUAACUCGGCCUUUUCACCAGUUGCACAACAAAACUCGUCUCAGUUUUCCCCACGUCUCAACCGACCUCAUGUCACAACACCAACAUCCCCGGUAGCAAGACGUCAUAGUUUUAAUAGAUCUUGGACGCUAGGAGAAAGUCCUGGCUCUUCCUUGAAAUCCAUCAAAAACUCUCCUCCUGGAAGCGUGAAGUCAGCCCAAGGCAGUUGGAAGAACGCAUCAAGUGAUCUGGGAUCUUCGGUGGUCAGUUGUCCUGAUGCUGUGUUAGUGAGCAGACAGAAAAAGGAUAGCGUUAAAAGCGAUGGAGAAAAUGAAUUAAUUGAAGGCCUUACUGGGGAGAAACUGAUCAAGAUAUUGCAUCAACUUCCAGAGUUUGACAAGAUGCCAGAAUCUCUCGUAAAUACUCUUCACUCAUGUCAGACAUUACGUGAUGUUUUUCACGCACUACACUCGCACUGGACUCAGCAGUCUGGUGACCAGAUUCAUGAAUAUCAGAUUGAAGUUGAACGUUUACAGACUAAACUGGAACACAUCAGAGCGCAGAAUAACGUCAUUGCUUUGUCCAUGGAUGAAAGCAAGAGCAACAGCGAACAACUUUCCUUGUUGAUAGGAAAGUAUGAGUCACAAUGUAUGGCCCUGCAAGUGGAACUUGAACUCUGUGAUCGCACGAUUGAUGGAUACGAGGCGUUUGUGUAUUUGCUGGAGAGCGAACAAGAAGUACUAAGUAUAAACUGUAAUGCUGAUGGUAUCGAUUUAUUUCGUUAUCGUUCGUUAUCCCGAGGUGGGAGCGAAUCUCGUCUUCGUUGUCCGGACAUUUACGAAGAUGAUGAUGAUACUAUGGCGUCAGGAUGCUACGAACGGCGACGACAUGCCGAGACACAAGCGAGGUCUUUAUUACAGAAAUACGACAAGGGCUCUGAUGGCAACGUUUCGACGGGGGCGAAUCGCCCUUGGGAAGAAUUAUCCUCAGUCAGCCGGACUAGCGCCACGAGUUCCACCGGGUCAUCCGCUGAACUAGAUUUCAGCAAAGAAGAGGAGGGCAGGCUCAGGGCUUAUUUAUCCAGGUUAAAAGACGAAAGAGAGACAGUACGGACGACAUUGAUGGAGCUGCAAAGUGUUCAUGAUGUUUUAGUUCCUGUUGCCAGGAUUGAGUUAGACUCACUUGAUGCUAAACUAGACUUAGAAAACGCAGUAUUAUUGCAAGAAUUAAUGGCUCUCAAAGAGGAGAAAGCAGAACUCAGAGCAAAAGUUUAUUUAACAGAGAAGGAAAAGAAGGCACUUGAGUUACAAUUAUCAUCAAGAGAAGCGCAAGAACAAGCCUAUGUGGUUCAUAUUGAACAUUUGAAGACUGAGCUCAAAGAUCAGAUCAGAAAAAGGCGGAAACUGGAGGAGACUGCUCGUGCUAUUCAGGGCUCGAAGGCCAGCGAUGGUGAAACAUCAUGUAGUUCAGCCACACCAGCGAUCACAUUAGCUGAACUUCGCACAAGUGAUGAAGAUAUACCCGCUGACCUGUAUGAGGCUGCAAGACGUGAGAAGAAACUAAAAUCUCGCAUCAGAGAGCUUGUUGAUACUCUUGAGAAACAAUCUAAGAGCACUGAAAGUCGACAUCAACAAGCUGGAGAGUAUAUUUCUGAUUUGAAAAGAGCAAAUGGCGCCCUGGUUGCAGCAUAUGAAAAAGCAAAGAAGAAACAUACAGCAAGAGUAAAGAAAUUAGAGUCACAAAUGAUGACCAUGAUGGAAAAACACGAAAAACAGAUUUCUAGUCUUCGCGAUAGAAUCUCUAUGCAAGACGACACUGAGUCAACUCACCCAAAUGAAACUGCACUGUAGUAAUACAACAGUUUCAUGGUGAAGUUGACAACGGCAUCAGUGCAUCUUUUCUAACAAGUUCUCAGAUGCAAGAAGUGGGAAGAGAAAUGACACAAUUACUAUAGACGUUUUGUUACGGCACGCAUCCCGAUCACAGAGGUUCAAAUGCGGUAUAGAGGCUUUUUAGAGGUCUUAGAGGUCUAAGCCUUUCAUAAGCCUUCAGCCUUAUCCUCUUCUUUGGUAUAUUAGCUGCGAAUUAUUAUCUAACAGGGGUGAAUGACAUGGAAAGGCCACUUGCUAGAAGAAGCAGUUUACUGAGCAUCAGAAUCUCUGUAAAAUUAGUCGGUGCUCUUCCUCAAUCGUGCGCGAUGAAGUGGAAUUUUUUGAGAAGUAUAAAGAGUCGGAGAUCUAAAUGAAUGUACUGUAAUAUCUUGUAGUACAAUAUUUAAAUAAUAAGAUAGAGUUUGCUUUAUGAAGAUACAGAUCAAAUUAUGCCCCAAAAUAUUUAUCAUCGGCAUAUUAUAUAUUGUAGAGUAUA